AUGUUAUGCAAACAAUUUAGGAGACUAGCGUUUCCCGCCCCCUCUCUCUCUCCCUCUUCCUCCUUCUCUCUCCCUCCCUCUCUCCCUCCCUGUCUUCCUCCCUUUCUCCCUCUCUCUCUAUACGCCACUCUCCCUCUCCCCCUAUCUCUCUCCUCCCUAUCUCCCCUCCCCUCUAUACGCCUCUCUCCCUCUUCCUCUGUCUUUCUCCCUUUCUCUACCUAUCGCCUUACCUUUACCCCUCUCUUUACCACACUCUCCUUCUCCCCCUCUCUUCAUCCCUCUCUCUCUCUUCCUCCCUCUCUCUCUAUACGUGUCUCCCCCUCUCUCCCACUCUCUUUCUCCUUUUCUCUCCCUCUCUCUUUACCUUUAUCCUUCUCUCUCUCCAUUUCUUUCCAUCUCUUCCUCCCUCUUCCCCCCUCUUCCUCUCUCCCCACCCUCUCUCUCUCGCUUUUCCAUCUCUUUCUCCCUCUCUCCCUCUUCCUCUCUCCCUCACCCCCUCUCUUCCUCUCUCCCCACCCUCUCUCUCUCGCUUUUCCAUCUCUUCCUCCCUCUCUCCUUCUUCCUCUCUCCCUCACCCCCUCUCUCUCGCUUUUCUAA